AUGAAGACGGCUACAAGAGAGGAUCAGAUGCAAGGACCGAGCGGGAGCGAAGAGAAGAUCUUUGUUUCUGUUCGUCUGAGGCCUUUAAAUGUGAAAGAAAGGGUGAAAAAUGAUGUGGUAGAUUGGGAGUGUAUCAAUGAGGAAACAGUCAUAUACAGGAGCCAUCUUUCCAUCUCCGAGCGUUCCAUGUACCCCACUGCGUACACAUUUGACAGAGUGUUUGGCCCUGAGAGUAGUACAAGGGAGGUGUAUGAUCAAGGGGCGAAAGAAGUGGCUCUCUCUGUUGUUGGCGGGGUUCAUGCUAGUGUCUUUGCGUAUGGGCAAACAAGCAGUGGAAAGACGUACACUAUGAGUGGAAUCACUGAUUUCGCCAUGGCCGAUAUAUAUGGUUACAUUGAGAAGCACAAGGAAAGAGAGUUCGUUCUGAAGUUCUCAGCCAUGGAGAUCUAUAAUGAGUCUGUAAGAGACCUCUUGAGUACAGACAUUAGCCCACUCAGACUUCUAGAUGAUCCCGAGAAAGGAACAGUUGUUGAGAAACUCACAGAGGAAACUCUGCGGGACUCGAAUCAUUUGAAGGAACUUUUAUCAAUCUGUUUAGCUCAACGAAAAAUUGGAGAGACAGCUUUAAAUGAAGUUAGUUCCCGCUCUCAUCAGAUUCUGAGAUUGACAGUUGAAAGCACAGCACGUGAAUAUUUGGCGACUGAAAAAUUCAGUACACUCACAGCAACAGUGAAUUUCAUUGAUCUAGCUGGAAGUGAACGUGCAUCUCAAGCAUUAUCAGCUGGCACAAGGUUGAAAGAAGGUUCUCAUAUAAACCGAAGUUUACUAACACUAGGAACCGUCAUUCGAAAGCUAAGUAAAAGAAAAACUGGGCACAUUCCAUUCAGAGAUUCAAAGCUGACACGUAUACUUCAGACUUCCUUGGGAGGAAACGCCAGAACUGCCAUAAUCUGCACCAUGAGCCCUGCAAGAAUCCACGUUGAGCAAUCAAGAAACACACUGUUAUUCGCAAGCUGUGCAAAGGAGGUGACAACGAAUGCACAAGUCAACGUCGUCAUGUCGGAUAAAGUGCUGGUUAAACAUCUUCAGAGGGAGUUGGCUAAACUGGAGGGUGAGUUGAGAAGCCCUCGUCAAGCCCUUAUCGUGUCUGACACAACUGCAUUACUGAAGGAGAAGGACCUCCAAAUUGAAAAGCUAAAUAAAGAGGUAUUCCAACUAACACAACAAUUGGAGCGGGCUCAUUCUCGGAUUGAGGAUCUUCAAGAAAUUGUUGGAGAAGGACCGCAAAAAGAGAUGUUAUCAACAGACUCAGAACAGCCAAGUGUGGUUCUGGUACGUCAAUACCCCAAGCUGCGUGUGCGCAGCUCAUGGGAAUCUCUUAAUAUAGCACCAGAUAGCCCUGUAUCAGCUCAACCGUCCUGCAUAAUUUCCCCAAUAUCCACUGACCACGGUUUUGACGAGAAUGUCUUCCAGAUUCCAGACUUUAAGAUCGAUUCCGGUGCAAGUAGUCCAGCCCAACACCUCUCGUUUGUAACUACACGUAGAUUCACUCAACCUCGACUUAAUAUUCCUGAGGCAGAAAGUAAAAACCAACCGCACAUUCACAAGGAAGAAUCUGUAGACCAAUCUCGUCCUCAGGAGGAACGAUUUCUUGAAAUGGACGAACCAAGUGAGGUGGGUUCUGAAGACACUUGCACGGAACUCCAAUGCAUAGAAACAGAGAGUCCUGGUAUCAUCAUGUUUCCAGAGCCAAGCAUGCUUCCAGACCGGUCCGUGGCUGUGAGUUUGAUACCAGUAUGUGUACCAGAGUCAAAGAACUUAAGACCACAAGCAGAAACUGAAGAGGAAGAAGAAAGAGUAAAGGAGGAAGUCAGUGCUGUCUUUAUCCAACCAAAGGAAGAAAACGAAUCCAUCGAAGUCUCUACACGCUGUGUUUCGUCACAAACUGACAAAUCAUUUCCUCAACAGUCUUCUAACCUCACAAGAGACCUUACACAUCCAGGUGCCGCCACUCCAUCUCCUGAAAAGCCUUAUGCUUGGCUUCCUGAGAAAGAUUUGCAACCGGUAGGAGGUACGGGGCAUAGUAGAAGCCGAAGCUGCGGAGCAAGCCUUGUAUCCAGCUCUUCCUUUUCUUUAUCUGAGAUAGAUGCUAACACACCACCAAGAUGGUAUCAGAAAGAAAGAGCGGAGAGCAACCUGAAACCGCAAAAGAUCAAGAGGCCGCCGUUGCCGAGUCAUGUUAGCCAGAUGAGCAUGCCGGCAACUUGGUUCGAGAAAGACUUCAACCCCACCCGAAGAACGUCAUCUGCUUUAGAUGGUGUAAAUAAGAUAAAGUCAUCACCAAAUGGAUCACAGGUUUCUCACUCUAAAGCUCCAUUGUAUGAACGCCAGACAAGUGGCAUCAGCCAGCAGGAAGGUGAAGAUACUGUUCCUCAAAGGGACAAGCGAAUCAUUCAUCUAUCGAUGGAGGAAAUAGAACAAAAGUUUGUGGCGCUAAGAUCGUCAAAGAGCUUCAAGGACGCCGCGGUGGACCCCAUCCAAGACUAUUUAACCAUGCCUUUGAACUGGCCGCUGGAGUUCAAGAGACUCGAGAUGGAGAUAAUAGAGCUGUGGCAUGCUUGCAAUGUUUCCAUGGCACACAGAAGUUACUUCUUCCUUUUAUUCAGAGGAGAUCAGAAAGAUUGCUUGUACAUGGAAGUAGAACUCCGACGGCUCAAGUACAUUAGAGAAACCUUUACACACAAUAACAAAGCUAUCGAAAACGGACGCACUCUUACAUCAAUGUCCAGCCUAAGGGCGUUGAACAGAGAGAGGUAUAAGCUGAGUCAGCUGAUGCAGAAGAAACUAACGAAAGAAGAGAGGGAAAACGUGUUCUUGAGAUGGGGCAUUGGGCUGAACACAAAGCACAGGCGGCUCCAGUUGGCGCAUCGCGUGUGGUCAGAGAGCAAAGACAUGGAUCAUGUCCGAGAGAGCGCGUCUGUUGUGGGAAAGCUCAUGGGGUUUGUGGAUAUGGAUUUAGCAUCCAAGGAGAUGUUUGGCCUAAACUUCUCCAUUAAACCCCGUCCCAAGAAAUCUAGCCUUUGGAAACGCAGCGUUUUGUCGCUUUCCACUUUGUAA